GUUUCGGCAUUCGCGUUGAAAGGUUGUGCGGAAAAAUCGCGAGGGUGAAUUGAUAAGUCAAGGCUAAGCAAACGGCAAGUGAUACUCGUGCGUGCGGCAGAGAGGCAGGCGCGCUGACGAGGCGUAGGCGGCGGUCGGUAAAAUAAAAUGCAAAGCCUUGCCGAUUACAUUUGUGCAGCCAGCGAAAGGGAUGCGGAAAGCCGAUAGCAAAGUGUAGUGCGAAUUUCAUAACAUUGAAAUUGUGUGAAGAAAAAAAAAUGAGAUUACGAAUGAAUAACAAACGAUAGAAAUGCUGCAUGAGAAAUGAAUGCAUGCUGCAGAAAAGUGAAAGUGUGAUAUAAGCAAAAUGGACAAAGAAGUUACGCGUUGAAUGGUGAUAAAGUGGCCAUAUUGUGCGGUGCUUGGCAAACAGAUAGAAGAAGCUCGAUGCUAACAAUAAAAGUGGCUGUAUUUAAAUUAGAAGAGGAAAAUUAACUAAGCAAAUAAUUAUGGCAAUUAUAAAAUAAAUUUGGGAGUAAUGUAAUUUUAAUUUAAGCUAAAAUUUUUUCAAUGCAAAAAUGUGCAAUAUGCUUAAACUAUUUUAAUAAUUUUGAGAAGAGUGCAAUUAAUAAGAUUUAAAACAUAAAAUUUAUUCAAGUUAAUACGAUUUAAGAAGUAGUGGCACCAAAAAUAGUUAAAUUUAUAAAAUUGGUGAUAAUAAAAAUUUAAAAAAAAAAGUUUGCAGUGAAGUUAUAGAUAGAAAAUCGACUAGUAAGUUACGUGCAAAACAAAUACUUCAAUUAUAUAAAAAGUAAAAAUGACAUAAAGUGAAAUUAAGAUAAAAAUUGUAAACAAAUUUUAGUGAACUUAAUUUUAGUGAAUAAAUGAAAAAUAUAUAAAAAAAAUUUAUAAAAAAAAUUAUGUAAAAAAUAUUUAAAAAAAAUUAUGUAAAAAAAUUUUUUUUAAAUAUUACCCAGUGUAAAAUUUUACUAGUAAUUUCAAAAACUACCGUUUAACAGUUCAAUGAUUGUGAAAAGCAUCAAGCGAUUAUGCAACUUUAAGAGCUAUACAAAUGCGCUACCGAAAUAAUUUGCCGGUUUUUGCACACCACGCACACCUGCAAACACACAACUAUACAAAUAUAUAUGUAUGUAUGUAUGCAAUACUUGAGUCCACUGCACGCCAACCAAACCCCCAAUUUUGCAUAUCUUAAUUGAAUCAAGUACGAGCAUAACAUGUCUGAUUAUCUACAAAUUUACAAUGUGCCACAAUGGCAUGAGCCUGCGUGCAUACGCUUCAACGCAUAUCACACCAUCUACGAGCGGCAACACACACACACACACACACAUACUUGCUUACACACACCCACAUAAAUGACGUGCUUUCGCGCUUCAAGGCCUCCUACUAUAUGGCGCUUUCGCGUUUAUCUUAAAUCGGUGUAAGUGUUUUAUGUUCGCGUUAAUCGCUCCAUCGGUGCACGCAAUGCUGCAACAACAACAGUGAAUGUGAAAAGCAACAACAGCUUUUUACAAAAAAGUGCAAUAAGCAAGUGAUGCGCGCUCAUGCAUACCGGUAAUGCUACCGAGUUCACCCCUGCCAAUAUUUUGUAGUGAAAAUCAUUUGAGUUUUUUGUGUGUUUAUAUGUGUGUGUAAGGGUAACCACCACUUGCAAAGAUGGCUCCGUUUGCCGCUACUUAUUAGUGCAUAGCGGGAGAAUAUAAAUUGUCACUCUUGCUGCGACACAGGAAUUACACAGUGGAUUUACGCAUGCGGAUGCAUUGGUUACCGAUGGAACUCUCCCGCCCAUAGAGCACUUUGCAUACACCUGUCAGGUGAUAAAUUAACCCGUCAAUUACCGCUUAAGUGAAAGUGGCAACAAUAUAAAAUUGCAAUCAACGCAAAGCUCUUUAUUAGCUGCGCAUAAAAGUUAACGGAAUAUAUUUGUCAGCAAUAUGCAAGAGCCAACAACAACAAACGUAUUAGCCAGCAAUCAAUCAGGCUAAGCGAAAACAGAGUGAAGGAGUAAACACACACACAUUUACAUACAUACAUAUGUAUAUGUGUACGCUAUGAAUGUAGCGAAGUAGUCGCCGUAAAGCAGCAAGAAAUUUUCACACCGUCAACUAGCGGAGCGUUAAAAAGCGCAAAGUGUUCGAGCGAAAAUGCCGCACCAUCAUCAUGUCGACUACAACCGGAAGUACUCCGCCCAGGAAACGAUACAGAUUUACACCGAUUGGGCCAACUAUUAUCUCGAGCGUGCCAAAUCCAAAAAGAAAGUCACCGAUUUAUCAGCAGACUGUCGCGAUGGUCUGCUACUUGCGGAAGUCAUUGAAGCGGUGACGUCGUUUAAAGUGCCCGAUUUGGUGAAAAAGCCUAAAAAUCAGCAACAAAUGUAUGACAACGUUAAUUCAUGCCUGAAUGUGUUGCGGACACAGGCGGUUUGUGGCUUGGAUAACAUCACCACCAAUGACAUCUGUGCCGGUCGUUUGAAAGCAGUUUUGGCGCUCUUCUUUGCGCUCAGCCGCUACAAACAACAAUCGAAGCAACUAUCGACGAGCACGACGCCAAAUGCGAAUGUUGUAUUGGGCACAACAAAUACAGCAACUAACAAUACAACCUUGGCUGCGAUAACAAAUAAUACGACACCUACAGGCGCGACGACUGGCGCUAGUAAUCAACAGCUGCAACAAAACCAGCAACAGCAGCAGCAUCUGCAGAACGGCAAUGAAACCAUGUUGAAUAGCCUACGCCCGCCAACGGCUAAAACAACGCACGCCAGCGCAUACCGCCACCGAUGGUAUACCGGCUCAGCCGCUAAUAUGGGACCAACGCUGCCACAGCAAAAGCACUCCAUGCUUGACAAGCUUAAGUUGUUCAAUAAAGAAAACAGCAACAACAAAAUGCAGCUAAUGCUGCCUCGACUAAGAUGCAAGUGCAAUCAAGCGCACCUCCUCAUCUUCGGGUUUCUCCUCGGCGCGUUCCGAACGCUCAGACUCUUCGCUGAGCCCAACGACGGACACAUAUCACAGAUCAAGCCGCCAGCGGUCAGUGUAACAUCUGGCAAGAGCAAAAUCAAUACCAAACUCAAACUGAUAGCGGCACAGCUAAAGAAAGAGCAGACGAAAGUCAGCAAGCUGGACAAGAAGGAGAAGAGUCCAGCGCGCUCAAAUAAAGAGGACUUCAGUGGUGAGAGCCGCAACUCUACAAUGGGACGCAAGAACUCAUUGCCGCGCGUUACCGAAAAGAAUUCGCUGAAAUCUUCUUAAGGCUCACUUAAUUCCAAGUCCGACUCGAAGUCGUUGAUAGUGCCCACGAAGGGACUCUGCAGCCCCAAUGGCACUGGUUUACCCAAACCAAUUGCUGAUAAAGGCACAAGUAAGUUGCCGCAAUCACCUUUGGGUGGUGUUGGUGCAGCGGCGAUAUCGUGUCGUGGCAUGAGCAACUCAAAUUCGCAGCAGGAGAUGAUGAAGCGUGAAAGGAGUGACAUAUCAAGCAUGCAUGCAAACAUAUCUAGUGAGAGCGCUAAAUCGAAAGAAUUAACGCAACAGCAACAACAACAUCAACAGCAGCAACAUCAACCACACGUGAAACCGGUGCCGAUACUACAACCGGGCAGCAAGCCACAUAUACGCAACGCCACAAACAUAUCACAGCAGCAGCAACAACACCAACUACAACAACAACGCCAGCAGCAAUAUCAACAGCAACAGCAAGCUUAUUACAAGCAACAACAAGAACAUGCCACAUUGAAUAACAGUCGUUUGCCGCCGCCAAAUCCGCCCUCACCUACCGGCAACGCGCCAACUGCGCGCAAACUUGAAUAUAACGCCGGUCCUGGUAUACUCGCGUCACCACAGCGCUCGCCACUACGCGGUCACGCGCAUCCUGACUCGCCAUCCGCGCAUCAACACCAUCACGCGCACUCGCACUCCAAGUUCCACACAAUACCCUCCAGAAGAACAAUCUAUGAGGAGAAGAAACCGACGAGCCUGCUGCCGAUGCCGCCGUUACUGCGUGGCUACAAUUCGCAUGUGACACUGCCGACCGCGUGUACGCGGCGUGGCAAUCGCAAUUAUGUGGCCGAUUUCAUUGAAGCGGAAAUAAGUCAAGGUUACUGCAGCGAUGGCGAUUCAUUGAGAGUGAGCGCCUCAGCGCGCUUAGCGCAACGCGCCGCAACAGCGAGACGCUAUCACGACAUAGAAGGUUAUUUGUCGGAAGGCAGUGGCAGUGUCGGUCAUCAUGGCAUGCUAAUGGGUGGCGGUAUGAGCUCGGCGGCGCAUACCAAACAUUUCUUGAGCAUGAUGCGUGCGAGGACACAACUGCCGACGACCAUCGAAGAACGCAUACGCAACAGCCGUGGCAGUCUCGACAGCAUCGGCACCGCACCUCCUUCGUCGGCUGCCUCACAGGCCAGCUCAAGCGGUGGCUCGAACCCUAAAAUGGAUAGCAAUAGCGGUAGUGGUGGCGGUGUCGGCGGUGGCGGUGGUGGUUCUGGUAACACCAGCGCCAAUGCAAGCCCACAACAUCACACACAUGCUCAACAUGCGCAACACAUGCAACACCAUUCCGCCGGUAUGGUGGGCGUACAUCGCUCGAACUCACGAAGUGGGCGUGAUAACUGGACGAAAAUGCCAGAACCAAUGAAUGGACACAAUAAAGGUGAAAAAUCUGAGAAGUCAUCGCCAUCAAGGCGCAGCAUGGGCGGUGGCAGUGGUAGCUCUUCCAAACAAGGUUCACCAUCGAGUCGCACUAAGGGUGUACCGCCCAGUUUUGGCUAUGUAAAGCGUACCAAUGGGAGUGUCACAGCAACGGCGGAGCAACAGAACAUCGCAAUGAUGGGCGCAGCCUUGAUGAACGCUGGCGGUGGUCAGCCAAAUAGCGGUGGUGGUGGUGGCUCGCCGGGUGGCAUGUGUGGCGGCGUUGGACGUACAGCACAUGUUUCAGCAGUGCCGCGCACCGCCACAGGUGCGGGGGGACGCAAGGUUUCCGGUGGAACUCAGACGUUGCCCAACGAUAUGACAAAACUUCCUCCCAACACGCAACAUCGCAGUUUUUCUUUAACUGGACCCGGCGCAACACAGCUCAGUCAAUCAAUACGUGAACGCCUCGCUACUGGAUCGCACAGUUUACCCAAACCGGGCACGGACCUACAUCUAUUUCAACACAGAAUAUCAAAUCGUCCUGGCAAAAUGAUCGAUGGCUCACUCUCGGACACGCAAACCUACGCCGAAGUCAAGCCCGAGUACAGCACAUACGCCAUGUGGCUGAAGCACAGCAACACUGCGGGCAGUCGCCUAUCCGAGGGCGAUUCGCUGGAGAAUAUGCAAAUCGGUUCGCCGGCAAUGACACGCCACAGCCAUAAAAUGUUGCAACAUCGUAAUGCUGCCGCAGCCGUUGCAGCAGCGGCGGCAGCUGCAGCAGCGCAGGGCAGUGGCAUGCAGCAAGCGGGCGGUGCUGGUGUUGCGGCGGCAACCGGUGCGGGCAAUGAGUCGCCAUAUGUGCAAAGCCCACGACUAAAUCGUAGCAACAGCAUUAGCUACUUGAAAGAACGGACAUAUCCAAGAUCCACCAAAUCGGAAAAAAUGUACCCUUCGAUGUUGAGUCGCGGCCCCGAUGUCGAAAUCGAACCCUACUACUGCCUGCCUGUGGGCACAAUAACCGCACAAAAUGGCUCGUUGGCAGCUCAAAUGGCCGCUGCUGCAGCGGCGGCAAUGUCACAGGUGACUGGACAGCCAACAGCGGGUGCUAGUGGCACCUCCGUCGCCUGGAGUCAACCGACUUCGCCCACACCCAUUAGUCGCGGUUUCGGUGGUACGCUCUCACCGACACAUCCAGCCGGCAUGUCUGGCAUGGUUGGCCUGGUGGGUGCAACGGGCAGCGCCAACGCCAGUGUGGCAGGUCAUCGUCUCACAUAUCCCAAGAAGAAUGAUGAGGUGCAUGGCAGCGCCGCAUCAUUGCUCUCCGGUGGCAGUUCGUUAUACGGUUCAGCUGAGGAGCGUCAAGCCAACGAGAUACGUCGUUUGAAGCGUGAAUUAUUGGAUGCGCGUGAACAGGUGCUGAGCUUGAGCAGUCAACUGUCAACAAAUGCUCAUGUGGUCGCCGCCUUCGAGCAGUCACUCUCUAAUAUGACGUCACGCCUGCAGCAUCUGACCGCGACGGCCGAGCGCAAGGAUGGCGAGCUAACCGACAUGCGGCAAACAAUCGAACUGCUGCGCAAGCAGUCGAUUCAAGCUGGUCUUACUUCGGCACAUAUGCAAAGUAUGGGCGUGCAGACACAACAUGAACAACAGCAGCAGCAACUCGGCCGUACCGCCAUCACCCAACAGCCGAUGUCGAAUCAAAACGGCGCUACUAAUGGCACAGCCUCAUCGACGCCAUCAUCUACUGCAACCGGUGUUAUGCAACGCCACCACAGCUCCGAUUCCAUGUGCUCUUUGAACUCCAUCAGUUCCGGCUGUUCGGCGCAGGAUAAGAAGCAGAAGAAAAAGGGUUGGUUGCGUAGCUCAUUCACCAAAGCGUUCUCACGCAAUGCCAAAAUAUCAAAGACUAGUCGGCAUGCCGGUCAUCAUCAUGUCGGCAUAGCUGGCAGCACUGCCAAUAAUGUUGGUGGUCAAGUAAUGCAUGGCUUACAUUGCGACAACAGCACAGUUUACAAUAAAGUUAAUGGCCAUAGCCACGCCGACGCCGUUGUAGGUUUGGCCGCUUUGGCAACACAACCUGCGCCGCCGCUGCCUGCAGCCAAUGCGUCGCCGACGAAAGGUAGUCCGGCAAAGACUGUAACAUUAAUAGAUAAUGCGAAACCGAUCGACGCAAUCGACCACGAAGAUCAUCAGGUCGUGGAAGAGCUCAAGAAGCAAUUACGUGAGAAGGACUUAGUGCUGACCGAUAUUCGUUUGGAGGCGCUCAGUUCAGCGUCACAAUUAGAGAAUCUUAAGGAUACCGUAAAUAAAAUGCGCGCCGAGAUGAUGUCGCUGAAACAAAAUAAUGAACGUUUGCAAAAACUAGUAACUAGCCGUUCAUUGGCGGGUUCAGAGGCUUCGUUAGGUAAUGCUAUUAGUCCAAGCGGUUCUAUUGGCGAGUCACGACGUUACUCGUUAGCCGAUGGCAAUGCGCGGCCACCAAUGGAGUUGCCAAAGCGUUUGGAAGAGGAAGUUGAGGAGGAGAACAUACCGCCGGCACCAGCACCUGAACCACCACCGCCGCCACUAAGUCCCUCUACACAUAUCGAUCUUACACCACCGCCACCUGCACUCGACACUAUGCCCAGCCCAACGCAUAUUGCAUCCGCUGCGGUUGAGGAGCUGCCCGAUGUCACUGAUGGCAAAAAGAUCGCAAUCGCUUGUUAUCUGGGACAGCCAGAGUCAUUUGUUAAGUACUGCGAAGAGAUGCUUGAGGCAGAUGAAUUUUAUGCGAAUGGCGUCGAUGCGGAUGGCAUCAAUGAGCGUAAGUCCUUUCCCACAGCCAGUUUAAAUGAAUUUGUCGUCGCCUAUACGUACAUCUCGGGUAAGACUACCUGGCAGAAUUUAGACUAUAUUGUGCGCAAGACUUUCAAGGACUACGUGUCACGCAUUGAUCCCGGCACCAAUUUGGGUUUAAAUACAGACUCGAUUACAUCCUAUCACUUGGGUGAGGCAAAGCGUGGCCCUGAAAUGGGCUUUCCCGAAUUGCUGCCUUGCGGUUACAUCAUCGGCAAUGUGCGCACACUGUAUAUCUGUCUGCAAGGUGUGGGUAGUCUCGCCUUCGAUAGCUUGAUACCGCGUAGCAUUGUGCAUCGCUACAUUAGCUUGCUGACCGAACAUCGACGUUUGAUCCUGUGCGGCCCUAGUGGCACAGGUAAAUCUUAUUUGGCGCGCAGAUUAGCGGAAUUUCUGGUAGCGCGCACCGGACGCGGCAAUCCCUCCGAAGCGAUUGCGACAUUCAAUGUUGAUCAUAAGUCUUCAAAGGAGCUGCGACAAUAUUUAGGCCAUAUAGCCGAACAGGCAGCCAUUGCGAAUGGCGCUUCGGAACUGCCAUCUGUGAUCAUAUUGGAUAAUCUACAUCACGCUUCAGCUUUGGGUGAUGUCUUUUCGUGCUUGCUAAGCGCGGGUCCCGCCGGAAAGUUGCCCUGCAUAAUUGGCACCAUGUCUCAGGCCACAUGCAAUACAACCAAUCUGCAAUUACAUCACAAUUUCCGUUGGGUACUCACUGCCAAUCACAUGGAACCGGUAAAAGGCUUCCUUGGCCGCUUUCUGCGUCGUCGUCUUUUCCAACUUGAACUGCAAACUGGCCAUCCACAGCCUGAACUGGCCACUGUACUGGCUUGGUUGCCCAGCGUUUGGCAGCAUAUAAAUCGCUUCUUGGAAGCGCAUAGCUCCAGUGAUGUAACCAUCGGCCCGCGCCUCUUUCUCGCCUGUCCAUUAGACUUGAAGGACUCACAGGUAUGGUUUACCGAUAUCUGGAACUAUCACUUAUCACCAUAUCUGGUGGAGGCUGUACGCGAAGGCGUACAAUUGUAUGGGCGACGUGGUGGCGCCUGGAAUGAUCCAUCCAUUUUCAUACGCAACUCAUAUCCGUGGCCAUAUGGACCUGAUUCGGUACCACCGCUGCGUCAAAUUAAUGCAGAAGAUGUCGGCCUGGAAGGUGUGGCGGCCAGCAAUGGCGAUAACCCGGAUCCACUGUUGAAUAUGCUCAUGCGUCUACAAGAGGCUGCAAAUUACUCCGAGAACCAAGAGCAGGAGUCGGAUUGCGCGAGCUUAGACUCCAAUGUUACGCCCGAUAGUUCAGCGGGUGCGGAGUAAACGCCAGUGCGUGACUCAUUGAUGUUUCCUGGUAGUGCGGUGAGGAGCGGCAGCGGACUUUGAGUCCAUAGUAAAACUAAUCAAACACUAAAUACCUACUUACCUAACUAUAUACAAACAUUAUACAUACAUAACAUAUUCGUUAAAAAAUCAAACAUUCAUAUGCAUGGCUUUGUAUAUUUGUAAGUAUAUUUAUGUGCGUAUUGGAUAUUUUGUAAGUUAUGAAGUUUAACGCGACUUUUGUUUAGGGAAUGCAACACUGAUUUUAAAUGCAAUUUAGGCAUAUUUAACUAUAUAUAUGUUUUAUAUACAUAUAUGCGUGUGUAAUUUAGUAUAUACCAGUGUAAAAAUCAAAUAAUUGCUAAGCGCUAAACUCAAUUUUAUACAUUUAAAUGUGAACAAGAUAUUUUUAAUUUGAAUUUUACAAAUUAUUAUUAUUUUCAAUUCACUUAAUAUUGGAUUUUGAAAUUUUUUUUAAAUUUUUUCAAUUUAAUAAAUUUUCUAACACUCGAAAAGCGGUACUCAUCAUUCAAAAAACACUCAAUUUUAUUUUAAUUAUUUUCAAAUAUCAAAAAUAUUAUUUAAUCGCAUGCAAAAAAUGUUAAGUAACAAAAAAGAGAGUUGUUGGAAAAAUUAAUACUAGCUGUCUUCGAUUCGCCAAAUGUUACAAUACUCUCCAGCGAAUCGAACAAACUAUACCAGAUGCUCGGACAAACGGACAGCGCUUGUGAUGCAACCCUGCGCUAACAAGUCUUCUGACGCAUGCGCAAUAGUGUUAUGAUUCUUUCUUAGUAGAGAAAUUGUUUUUUUCGCAUUAAAAAACGUCGCUGUAAACUUUUAUUUUUGUUUUCUUUAAUUUAUUAUAAUGGAUUUAGAGUCUUAAGUUUUAAAAAUACAAAAAAAAAUAUAAUUUGUUUUUCAUUUGUCAUUUGAGAAAUUUACAAUAGUAAAACUGAAUUUAAAUAUGCAAAACAAAACUUUAUAGCUUUGAUGAUAGCGGCUAUACCACUUUAACCCUUAUGCUAGUAACCAACUUUACCGACGUCUUUUAGCAACCGGGUACCGGGGUACGAUCUGAGUAUUAUUAUUAUUUUGUUUAUUUUAUUAAUAGUCAGUGACAAUUUAAAGAAUAAAAAAAAAUUUUUUUUAAAUCUUUCCUUUAAGUUAAAAAACGACGAUUUGAGAGCUUAAAAUGAAAUAUUGAAUUUUUUUUAGCUAUUCACACAAAUACACCGCGGUACCCGGUUAGUAACAUAAGGGUUAAUUAGGUAUCCGCAUACUCUCUUGCACGAAUUCAACUCGAUAACUUUAUUAUUGCUUUUACACAUAAUUAUUUCUACAAUUUUCGCGUCUGCAAGUAGAGAAUUGGUGAAUCGCAGACGGCUAUACGUUUUUUUGUUUUUUAUUUAUUUAUUUUCCUUUUUUUUCUUUUUGACUGUACAAAUAAAAUUUCUUGCACUACUUUCGGCACUCAAUCGCACGAUUCAAUGAAAGCAGUUAUCUUUAAGAAAAUUUUAUUUGUCCCGACCCACAGGCAGCGCAUUGUACUGUACAUACAAUGUAUUCAAACCAAAAAACAUCGCUUUUAAAAUUGAUCUGAAAAAUUGCACUUUUAAACGCACUUGUUAAAAAUGCAAAUUAUAAACCAAUAUUAAGCUGCCUAAAUUUAAUUUGAUUAAAAUUUUUGUGUUUUUGUGCUUUUCCAAACUAUUAUUAUGAACAGUUAUUAUUACUUUGGAUAUUGUUGAAACGCACAAUGUUUGAAAAUUAUUUAAAAACUCGUUAAGAAUACAAAAAUUUUUAAUUAAGUUUGAUUUUCUUUUGUGUUUUUAUAAUUAAAAAAAUGUAUUUAAACAAUUUUUUUAUUUUCAUAUGUUUUUUUAUUAUAAUUUUUUUCUAUUUUUAUUUAGUGUUUUAAUUUUUUACUAUUGCUUUAAUUUUUUUUAUCUUUUUAAUAAUUUUAUUUUGUAUUUUUAUAAUUAAAAAAAUGUAUUUAAAUUAUUUUUUAAUUUUUAUGUAUAAAAUUUUUUGUUAUUUUUUUUUUGUAAUAAUUAUUAUUUUUAUUUUAUAUUUAUUGCUUUAAUUUUUUAAAAAUAUUUUUAUUAAAUUAUUUAUAUAAUAUUUAUUAUUUUAUUUAAAUUUUUUGAAUUUAUAAUUUUAUUAUAAUUUUUUUUUUUUUUUUUUGACAAAGAACAUAUUACAACCUACAUGUUUUUUUUAUGUAGUUAUACUUUAUAUUUACUCUUGUUCACAUUUUAUUGUCAAACCUAAUGACUUACCCCAUGAUUUGAAUAUACAUAUGUAUGUAUAUGUAGAUACAUAUGUAAUGCUUUUAACAAGUUAAGCGCAAUAAGCAGUCAUUCCAAAAAAUUUAUCACUGCAUACUAGCAUCUACAGUAGCGUGCAAAAUAGAAUUGUGAAAACAAAUAUAAUACAAAAACAUACAAAAUUGCAAAAACCAAAUCAAAAUUGUAAUACCUACGCAAAUCAGUGAUUUUCAUCAAAUCCUGCGCAUACAUACACAGAUCUAUAUAUAUGAUCCAAAAUAAGACAAUUUAAUGCUAAGAUAAAAACUAGCUAAAAUAUAAAUGUUAUAUGUCUAUUGAUUAUAUUUACAAAAAAAAAAUAUAUGAAAAAAAAAAUAUUUCUAUGCAAACAUAAAUUUACCGCUACAAUAAAGUCAUGCAAACUACAACACAUACCAAACUAACUGUAAUUAAAUAUUUAGUACAUACUAACAAAAUAUUUGUAAAUAGUUAAAAUAGCGCUAAUCUCCACAAAAAGGAAAAACAAAAACAAAAUGAAUAUGAAAAUGAAAAUAACUGUAUACAAAAACCGGACACUCGAGCGCUGCACGAUUUCACUAAGCUAAUUUCGGCAUUAUGAAAAUUGGUGGCGCGAGCAGGCGACCAUAAGAAAUAACGCUAAUGAAUUUGCUGACAAAACAAGCAAAAACAAAACACGAAAGGAAUCCAAAUGAAUGUAAAAGUAAUAACAAAUUAAAUGUAAGUGUAACAAAAAUAGUUGAAAGCUAUGAAUAAAAAUUAAAAAAAAGCAUGUGCUAAUAUUAUUGUAUGUAUGUAUAUUUCAAAUUUAUUGAAUUUGUCACUUUUUAUACCCUACAAACCAUAACUAUACCUAACUAUAAAAUAUGCUACACAUAAAUACGUACAUGAAAAAUAAUAAAAAACUAUAUACAAAUUAUUUUGCGAUGCAUAAUAUUGCUGUGGGGUGUAGUGUCAAGAAGAAGAAGAAGCAUAAAUUAACUAACUUUUGCUACUAACUAAUUAAAGAUAAAGUUAAAUAAACGCGAUAAAACGUUAGUCCCUUUGACUAUUGCUGGCUUGAGAGCAAGUAUAAUAACGGUAGAUAUUUUUAAUUAAAGCAAAUUAUAUAAUUACAAUAAUUAUUAUUGAAAAUAAACAAAAUAAUUAUGCGUAUUGUAUUUAUUUGAAGUUAAAGUAAAUAAAUACCUUAGCUAUGUUAAAAAAAAAAAUGAAAAAUAUGUUUUUAUUUAAUUUCAAAAAUCAAAAAAUAAAAUAAAAUAAAAUCACGAAUUCUUAAUUGCUUAAAGAUAUACGUAAAAUAUUGACUACAAAUUGUUUACAAAGUUUAUAAUAACAAAUAAAAUUAAAACAAAAAAAAAUUAUAAAAUAUAAUAAUUAAACAAAUAAACAACUGAUGUGUAUAGUUCACUUGACAUUUAUGAGAGCAAAUUCGAAUGAUUCGAAGCCGAUCGAAAAUCGAAACAAAGCUGCAUUUCCUAAUUUGUGCAUUUAAGUAUAGAUUUCGUGCCAUUUGUUGAAACAUUUUUGUUCACUAUGACGCAGGGCCAAAUAAACACAAGAUUAUUAAUUCAUUGGCUAAGCAAAGCAGUACAUAUGCAUAUACAUAUGUAUGUACAUAAGUAAGUAAAAAUAUUGCGCUGGAAUCAAUAAAAGAAUGCGGAAACAAAACUCGAGCAAAGCAAACAAUAAUAAAGAGAGUAUUAAAUAUAA